UGAAUCUCACAGAUCUUACCCAGCUGAACCACUCCUACGCAUCCAUGUGUUCCAAAUUGAUAUAUGACAAUAUCUACUUUCGAUCACGUGUUGCGGGGCGACUUAGACGGAUUGCGCGUCAUCUCGCCUUCCCAAAUUUUCUCCUUCUGCAGCUCGAAUCCAAAACAUCAUAUCUGUAGUACGGACUACAGGAGAAAGAUGUUUAACUCUGUUAAUCUGGGCAACUUCUGCUCCCAGACGCGAAAAGACCGGACAUCCGAGUUUGGGGACAGGACUGGCUGUGCCUCCAACAUCUACCUCCCCAGCUGCACCUACUACGUUCCCGAAUUUUCCGCCGUCUCUUCGUUCCUUCCACAGGGGCCCUCGCGACAAAUCACAUACCCCUAUUCCACAAAUCUAUCUCAAGUGCAACCAGUGCGAGAUGUUUCCUAUGGUCUGGACCCCUCCAGCAAGUGGCACCACAGAACCAACUAUGCAUCGUGCUACUCAGGAGAAGAUCUGGUGCACAGAGACUGUCUUCCGCCAUCCACCAUGACAGAAAUGCUCAUGAAAAACGAGAGUGUGUACAGCCACCACCACCACCAGCAUCACCCGAACUCUAGCCACCCGUCCACUGGUUUCUACACCGGCGUAGGGAAAAGCAACGUGCUCCCUCAAGGUUUUGACCGCUUUUUUGAAACCGCCUAUUGUAGCACGGACAAUCAGUCAGAACAUUGUUUACAAAAGAGCGAGAUGAACAAAUUAGAGACUUCGUCCCAGCAACCCACAGCUGUUUCCGCAGCGCAGGAGCCGGAAAAGGACGCAGAGGAUGAGGAGGAACAUACAAAUUCGGUCUCGUGCACUUCAGCAGCUACUAAGGACGGCAACGCAAGCAAGAGCAGCCAUUCGAGUAUCCCGCGCACAAGAAAGAAGAGAUGUCCAUACUCCAAGUUUCAGAUUCGUGAACUGGAACGAGAAUUUUUCUUUAACGUUUACAUCAACAAGGAGAAAAGGCUGCAGCUGUCCAGAAUGUUAAACCUUACUGACAGACAAGUCAAAAUAUGGUUUCAAAAUCGUAGAAUGAAAGAAAAGAAAUUAAGCAGAGAUCGCUUGCAGUAUUUCUCUGGGAAUCCGUUGUUGUAAUUGUUGAAAUGGCGUUGCCUUUUAUUUAAUGUCUCUGCAAACUAAAAUUACGUAUGUCUAAAAAUGCCCAUCAAGCUAAUUAAAUAAUUAGAAAAUGUGUUUGUUACGGCCAACAACAGUACUAAAAACUGUUAGACUUGUUUGAUUGUAAUAGCUGAGGGUGGGGAGAGAGAAUGCAAAUUUGCUUAAUGUCAAAUUAAACCGGUAAAUUGUGAUUCACAAACUAAAACGUACA